AUGGCCUCGCUAGAGGAGAAGGAGGCAUUUUUUAAACAACUCCAGAUACUUGACAGUGAUAGUGAUGAUGAGUUUGAUGCGGAAGAGUAUCACGAAAGGCAACAAUGUCGCAAAUUCUUUGCCCCUAAAUCAAAACCACAACCACAACCAACACCAACUCCUAAUCCUCAGGCGAAAGAGCCCCCUGUGACGGAUAUCGUCAAUGACGAACCACAACAGUCAAGAGUGACGCCUAGGAGAGUCACCUCGGCUCCAACUCCAGCGCCCGCUCAAGCUGCAAAGAUUAUCAAGGCAACGCCAAUGACAGCUAUGGGUCAGAAGAGCAAACCCGGCACGCUCUUGAAACAGCGCAGUGAUGGAGCUAUUCUGGUUGAUGAUACACCUAUACCCGAUACUGCUCGCCAAAUGCAAAGAAUUCUGCAUAGAAGCGGUUCUUCACCCCUCCUUGCUCCCGGAAGAAGUCUCGGCCAAGUGGUCGAUCAGUCUCCUUCACCAAGCUUGACAACGAAGAAAAGGAAGCGCGAGCCUGUGUUCAAACCCCGACCAGAGAGCGAGCAAAUCUUGAAAGGUAUUACCUUCUUCUACGUUCCUGAUGAUGAUAUCGCACCGGUACGAAGAUUGCGCAUCACGAAAGCGCGCGAAUACGGUGCGACGUGGGUGCGAGCACCGCGCAUUGCGACUCACAUUGUGGUGGAGAAGCAUAUCAAGUACAAUGAAUUGGAGAGUAUAUUGAAGGGAACCAACAGGAAUCUUCCGCCCAAAGUGGUCAAUGAUGAAUAUUUUAUCGACUGCGUCCAGUUCAAGACCCUUCUUAAUUGCAACCAAAAAAAGUACCAUAUAAUAGGCCAGCCCGUAACCACUGAAAAUGAGUCUUCAGUUAUCCCACGCAGUCCUCUUGAGUCAGUCUAUUCCCUACCACUCAAGCCUCUUGAGAGAAACUCUAGGCGGUGGGAACACGUACUUCCACAAGAUACUCCGGAUAGGAGUGAAGAGCCGGCUCAUCCUAGUCAGAUCCCCGAGACUCCUGCCGCUACAGAUUCGCAGCCGGUGAUACUUAACCUCCAAGACAUGGUCUCUUCUCGUCCUGGAAGUAAUGGAGGCAGUGCGACUCAUUCUCGGAACACUUCUUUGUCAGCCUUACAAGACGCCGGAGGUGCCAAGCAACUUCACAAAGAAGACAACCAUAAAGAUGAGCUAUCUGAAUACAUCGAAAUAAUGACGGAGUAUAAGGACCUCCCAUUAGACGCAGAUGAUGAAGACGUUCAAGCUGUCACAGAUAUUGGAGAUGCGGAAUUAGAAGAUCAAUGUCUGUCAGGCUCAGAAGACGAGAUUACCAGGGCGCGUAAGCCGAGAAGGAAGACGAGAUCAAGCGGUAAAUACAUCACAUUCAAGGAUCGAUUUUCAUGCAACUCAGCUGGGGCAAAGGACGCUAAAGCGGGGAAUCCCAAUGCCCGCACAAUCGAGGUCCUACAAAAGAUGGCUGAUUACUACAACCGUAUCAACGACCACUGGCGAACAACUGCAUACAGAAAGGCCAUCAGCACUCUGAAGCGCCAAGAGACAAAGAUCACGUCUGCUGAAGAGGCGCAACGGCUACCUAACGUGGGAGCUCGCCUGGCGCAAAAGAUUGAGGAAAUUGUUACAACCGAUAGGCUACAGCGGCUUGACUACGCCCAAAAGGAGCCAAUGGACGAGGCACUACAACUAUUUCUGGGCAUCUACGGUGUUGGAAACAGCCAGGCUCAACAGUGGCUGGCACAAGGGUUCCGAACAUUGGAAGACUUGAAAGCCAAAGCCAAACUCUCACCAAACCAGUCGUUGGGAAUUGAUCACUACAACGACCUCAAUACCAGAAUCCCUCGGCAUGAGGUCGAGGCUCUGGGUAUUGUUGUAAAGAGAGCCGCGCAGCAUAUCGAUCCAGAAGUGGAGCUCAUUAUUGGAGGCAGCCACCGGAGAGGAGCAAAAUCAUCUGGUGACAUUGAUUUCAUUAUCACAAAGGCAAAUACAGAAUUCUCAUCUGAUCUACGACCUUUCCUCGACAGCCUUGUUCAGCACCUCGAGACCGAAGGAUUCCUCGUGGCACGACUAGCAUCAUCUCGGUCUGCUAGCGACGGGAGCAAGUGGCACGGCUGCUGCGUGCUCCCCAGGAUCAACGGCUUCAGCGACGAUGACUAUAAACCUGUUUGGCGGCGUAUUGAUUUAUUGCUUGUGCCUGGAUCCGAAAGAGGUGCCGCUUUGCUGUACUUCACUGGCAAUGAUAUCUUCAACCGCAGUAUGCGUUUGUUGGCUUCCAAGAAAGGAAUGAGACUGAACCAGCGCGGUCUAUACAAGGAUGUCAUGCGAGGCCCACAGAGGGUAAAGAUUACAGAGGGAGAGCUAAUCGAGGGACGAGACGAACGAAGAAUCUUUGAUAUUCUUGGAGUUGAAUGGAGAGAACCUCAUGAACGAUGGUGCUAA